AUGGCUUCUUGUUUUUGCAAUUCAUGCAAUCAGACCAACAACCUCGGGAUAUUCGAGGGGAUUCGACUCACACUCGUGUGCACGUCAUGCGCGUCAACCGCACUCAGUGACGAGGGUGACCCCAUCGUUUGCUUCUCCAAGGCCAGGGACCUCUUCCCUACGAUACCGCCGAAGCGCGUGAAACAACUGAUGUCUACGCCGCGACACAACCCCCACUACCGUAACGCCGCGCCUAUGCGCAUGUAUUCGGUGGCGGAGCUGAGGGUGUUGCAAGGCGCGGUGGACCAAGAGUGUGAGGCCAAGGCCCUAUCAUUGCAGAAAAAGAGGCAGACUAGGCUCGAGCGGUUGACGAGGGUGCACGGCAUCAGCCCCGCUGCUCCGCUGCACCGCGCUCUAUUCUCUCACAUUUUCGGAGACUAUCUGUGGGCGACACACCCGAAGCAAAAACUGAAGCAGGUCAAGUACAGGUUUUCGGCACACGACAUUUCAGCGCGGCUGUGCCCGCACGACCCCGUUGCGGCCAUGAAUUAUUGCGAGAACCGCGGCAUCACCGCGUUCGUGUACGACCAGCUGCGGCGGGAUUUCGAGUACUCCCUAUUUGUAUCCACACGCGCGCUCCGGUUGGAGGGGGUGGCUAUCUCGCGCUUUCUCUGCCCAUCGGAGCUGGCUGAACUAAAAAACGGACCCCUCUCCCAAAUUCCGGCGAGCGUCGAGCGGCUGAAAAAAAACGCACCAAGAAUGCUACGCAUGGCGCUGCAGGGUAGUAAUGCCGAGGUCGAGCGAAUGAUGAAGUAUCCCGCGAUGAGAACGAGGGUGCGGCGAUGCAUCGAGUACGCCCACGACCCCGAGACGGUAGCGGCCAAAAUGGCGGAGUUUUGGCGCACAAAAGACGACCGCACGCACCGGCGCCGUGUGUUGCAGGACGCCAUGGAUUUGAGAGGGCUAGACAUUCGGCCGGAUAGCGUGUACUGCCACGACUACAUAUGUGGUCUGAUAGACGUCGACCUCGAGGAGCUCGUGGGAAUACAGUACAUCACCCGCGAGCUGUUUGAUACCGGUGGCCCGCGUUUCUGGAGCGAGUAUCACCACGCGUGCGAGUCCGCCUACAGGCGUGCGUUGCUCGAGAACGGCAACACCAUGGACCAGUCAAUUAAAAUGGCGCUACGAGGGUGCGCCUCGCGGCGAAGGCGGUGGAGCUAA